AUGGCAUGCCUGCUCUCUACCACCUCGAAGCUUCCUCGCCUCUUCGCCCAUCAGACGGCCCGCCAUGGCCGAUACUUCUCCUGCGAUGGAUCUGACGGGCCUGGAUGUCUGUCUGGCCCGCCGCCGGGCUCUGGGUUGUGCAUGGCGUUGUCCAUGCGGCCCGGGUCGGCGGACCCGUUUAAUCCGGGUUUUGCAUGGGAGGAGCGGGGAGUCCUCUGUUGCGCCGGACCUUCUCGUAUAUAUACAGCGAAGGAGAAGGCAGAAUCGAGAGGGAGACAGCCAGCAGUUCCCUCCCUUCUUUCUUCUUCCUCCGCCACCCGUUAUCAGGUAUCUGUUUAGAAUCCUCCACGCAAGGGUUCUGCGUUCUCGCAUCGCCUUCCCAAUCCGUCAAUGCCCUGAGUAUACAUGAAGGAAACUCUUGAAUGAUCUUUACUUGCAGGAAUAAUGAAGCUACGAGCGGAGGUUUUACCUCUCCUUCUGCUGCUGAUCGUAUGCUGCGAUGGCAGAAGCCUGGGGACGUCUGACUUCCCAGGUAAUAUGGCAUUCCUCGUCUCUACUCAGACAGAGAGGAGCUCGAGGCUGAUUCCUCUCUCUCUCUCUCUCUCUACCCUCAGAAACGGCGGCCGAGAAUCGCGGUGCGUACGAGAUGAACAGGAGAAUGUGCAUGGUGUGUGAGCAAUUUAUGGGACAGGUGGUGGAGUACCUAAAGGAGAAUAAAACCCAGGCGGAGGUGCUCGAGAUCUUCCACAAGACAUGCCUUCGGCUCCCUUCCUUCCGGCAGCAGGUGUGAGGAGCCAGAGGAAGGUUAGAACCCAGUAGGAGCUUCAGAAGUCCCGUUCCUCUUACCUUGACUUUGUUUUUUCGGCAGUGCACCAUAUUAGUGGACUACUACGCGCCUCUCUUCUUCUUAGAAGUCGCACUUGUCAGUCCGCACGACUUCUGCAGAAAGGUCAGCCUCUGCGAGGACAUUGCACCGCCGCCGCCGGCGAGAUCAAUGUCCCUUCCGGCAGCCUCCGCGCCGCUAGACACGCUAUCGGGUGAGCGUUUAUGUUAUUUGUGCCACAGGGCCAUCUCGAAAGUCCUCAACAAGUUGAAGGACCCGGGAACCGAGGUAAUAACCGUGCGAAUAGGCCCUUGUCGAUGAUGGUUUGGACUAAGUUGUUUGAUUCAUUUUUCAUGUGGAUGAAGCAGCUGACGAUUGUUGAAGGCCUCGUGAAGUGUUGCAUCGUGACGGAUCACUUCUCCCAGAAGGUGAGAUCUUCGUGAAGAACUCAAGAAUAGCAGGAAUCUGUUCGUCAGUCCUUCCAUUUUUCUCCGAUUUGCCCCCCCCCCCCCCCCCCCCCCCCCCCCCCCGCCUUCUCCUCGUUUCACUCCUCCGUCUCGUUUCCAGUGCCAGAAUCUGAUCUUCCAGUACGGGCCUGUUAUCCUAGUGAGCGCCGUGAGGAUCCUGGAGAGGGCGAAUGUCUGCGUCACCUUGCACGCUUGCGGCGGCAACAAGACCGCAACAGCGGCCCCGCUCUUCUCUCCGGCCGAACUUCCCUCACGUGACGCGUAG